AUCGCCACCAUGAAUGUCGUUCGCGAGAUAAAUAAGAUCAACGAGCGCGAACUCGAGCUCGGAGCAGCCGGAUCCUGGCACGACGAUUACAAAGACUCUGCAUACAUAUUUAUUGGAGGCCUCAAUUCUGAAUUGACAGAGGGUGAUGUGAUUACGAUCUUCUCACAGUAUGGCGAGGUCAUGGAUGUCAAUCUCCCUCGUGACAAAAACACGGGCAAGACGAAGGGUUUUGGCUUCCUCAUGUAUGAAGACCAGCGCUCAACUAUAUUGGCAGUCGAUAAUCUGAACGGCGCCAAGGUUCUCGAGCGAACUAUGCGGGUUGACCAUGUGAAGGAUUAUAAACAGCCUAAAACCAAAGGCGAGGAUGGGGAAUGGCAAGACCGAGCGGAGCAGAGCCUCAACGCAAAGCCAGAACUAGUUGUCGACGACGGCGCAGUAUCAGAGUCGUCGGAAGACUCUGCGCCGGCUAUCGACCCGGAGGACCCUAUGUAUGAAUACCUCGUCGCGAAGAGAAAGGAAGAGACGGCGGCCAAAAAAGCCAAAAAGGGCAAGUCCAAAGCAAAAGGGAAGCACAAGGACGAAACGCCGGAGGAGCGACGCGCGCGCAAAGAGCGCAAGAAGCUACGCAAGGCUAUGGGAAAGUCAGAAGCCGUGCGCGCAGUGGAGGAGCUGCUGAAUUCGUUCGAGGGUGCUGCAGGAGGUAGAGCCGAGCGCAGACAUAGCAAGUCGCGCAGCCGAAGUCCGCAACGUAUGAGGGACCGAGAUGACCGUAGGUCGCGAAGCAGUCCAGAGAGAAGACGAAGUCAGUCACGUAAUCGGUCUCCCGUGCGGGAGGGGCGCUCUGUCCGUGGAAGAGAAUCGCGGUCGCGUACGCCCCCCACCAAGCCCUAUGGCGACAGACGUGAGAACGGUCGAUACGACCGUGCCGACGACCGUAGGAGCUACGGUCGCGACCAGAGCUUACUAUCACGAAGACAUGGGGAUUAUGAUUGACGUGCGUGCUCUAUGUGGUUGACCAGGCUGCUGUAUAUUGAAUGUGAUUGGCUCGUCGGAAAUCCUAUCUCAUACGUUGCACUUC